AGUUGUUGCUAUUGUUUUCAUUUUGACUUUAUAUUUUUUGUUUUUUAAUUUGUUUUUUUUUUUGAUACGCAUUUUGUUACCAUGGAAACGACCGUAAAAGCAUUAUCGAACGUUAGGGACCAAGCUCCAGCAAUUGUUAUCACGGGUCGUCCCAAGCUCUCAGUGUCCGUUGACGCGGAUCUUGUUUCCAAAAACGAAAAAUUCUUUGGCACUCUGAUGAACGAAACCCGGCUGCUGGACUCGGUGCUAUCCAAAGAGAAUCCACAACGGCAACAAGCUGCCCAAUUUGAAACUGCCAUGUCCGACGAGCUGAAGAAGCUGAAACAACAGCAAUUUGUGGAUCGAACGCGACGUCAACAGCUGCGCAACGACUGCGAAGAGCUACGAAUUUUAGCUGAGCAACUGCGUCUGGCGGCCAUCACAAAGGAGCUAGAUGAGCACAUGGUUGAGCGUCACAGGAACCGUCAGCUGGCGAAGGACGCCAAGGUGAAGGGCAAUGAGCGUGCCGAGGCUCAAAGGCUGCAAAAGUUGGCCCAAGAACAGGAGCGGGAGCUGCUUAAGAAGCAGGAGCAAAUCCGUUUUCGCGAGAGUCUCUCUUCCCAGAUUGAGCAAACGCAGCUACGACGCAAGCAUCAGUGUGUCAAGACCGCAGCAGAACGCGAGGAGAGCAUUGUUAUCCAGCGGCGCAUCGAGGAGGAAGACAAAGCGGAGCAGCUGCAGAUGCUGAGGAUAAAGCAAAAGAAUCUGCAGUGCCAUCUAGAGCAUAUGAAGCAGAAGCACGAGUACAAGGAGCGCGAGAAAGCGCUGAGUGCAGAGAUGGCGGUCAAGCUGGAGCAGGAGCAAGCGCAACGAGCACAACAGAAGGACGAAAUCGAGGCGGCGAGACGAGCAGCGCAAUUGAAGCAGGAGCAGAUUAGCCUGAAGAUUGGGAAACAAGUGCAAGAGAUUGAGAGCGUGAAGCGUCAGCGCGACAAUCUACUGCUCGAUCUGCUGCAGGCGGAGUACAAAGCCAAGGAUGAUGAACGCCAUCGGCAGCAGUUGGAGCAGGAGCAAUUAGAACGUUUGCGCGCACGCCAGGAGCUUGAACGUUAUCGCGCUUGCAUGCGCGAACGCAGCUUGGAGGAUGCACGCCUCCGGCAGCAACAGAUUGUGGAGCGUACCCAGGAGACUGUGGAGAUUCAAGAGAUUGAGGAGAUUGCCAAGGAACGCACGCGUCGCAGGGAACAUGGUGCUUUGCUGCUCUCCAUGAUUGAGGAAAAUAAUCGCAAGCGUGCCGAGGCGGCGGCAGAGAAUGUCCAGUUCUUCGAUAUGAAAGCCAAAUCGGAAGCGGAACUCCAACAUCGCAUUGAAGAGGAGCGUCUUAAGAUGCUCAGUUCUGUGCCCGCUGAAGUGCUUCAGUAUCUACCAAAACAUGCGCUUUCCCAAGCCGACCGCAAGCGUUUCAAUAUUCGCUCGAAAACGGAAAUCUUACAGUGAAGGUUACAAGAGAGAGCAUUUCGAUUUUCAAAAAGCAUCACCCAAAACCGCCCACAGUGCGUACGUGACGUGAAUCAUACGUUGGAUGUCGUUGCCAGAUCUAUGCUUCACAGUGCGUACGUGACGUGUCUCAUACGUUGGCCUAAUGUUGCCGGAUCACCUCAACAAGUGCUCAAGGGCAGUACGCCAAUCACUUUUCACUAGCAAAUGAAUAUAUAUUAUUUCACUUACAUAACCCCGUAAAUUCACAAAUUAAAAAUA